UAUAUAUUUUAUUCGACAGUUUCAAUCCACCAAGGUUAGAGCUGUUAAAUUAGUAACUACCUUUACUGAAAAUGGGAAAGCAAUAAAGCUACGACCGCCUACCAAGUUAGCUGGGAUAAAUUUCACUUUUUAAAAUUCAAACCAACGAAUUAUCAACAUGGGAGGGCUAUCUAUGAAACCGGAUGGUGACGUCCAGGGGUCCAAACUCGCUAGGAGGGUGGCGGAGAAUGAAGCGACAGAAGUAAGGAUAGCUCCCGAAGCUAGAGUAAAGGAAAAGAAAGAAAGCAAAAUGAAGCUUGGUCCCUUUGAGUUUGAUACAACUUACCCAAGGACUAUCCCGGGUUUUGUGAGGAUUGUGCAAGUGCUUACUCUUAUCGUUGCCUUAGUAUGUCUCAUCAUCGCGUCAAACUGGCCCGACAAAGGAACAUACACAUUCUACUGUUUGUUCCUCGUGUUCGGGAUUCUUAUAAGCGGAUAUCUGUUGUUCACUGUCAUGGCUUCAAGCAGAGGGAAAACGUUUCUAUUCGGUCUCUCUUGGAUUACCACGGAACUUAUAUACUUCGCGUUGUUCGGUUUACUCAUAUUUAUUGGGGCUUGCCUCGCUGCAAGUAAGUCAGCUGGGAACGCAGGAUUGAACGCAUCGUCGGCGUUCGGUUUCAUCUCUAUCAUCACGUUCGCUUAUUACUUCUGGAUAACUUGGAAACUUCGUGGAUCAGAAGAAGAAGAAGAUGUUAAAGUUGAAGACAAGAACGAAGUUGAAUCAGGGAGGAAGUCGGUUGCGUCAUCAGGGUCAAGAAAUGUGGAGGAAAAUGAAGAACGUCGCCCGGAGAGUCAGCACAGUAUAAGGCGAUUCCCGUCGGUUAGUUCACUCCCUCCCCACCUAACCGACCAGAUUUACGAGAACGGCAAUAACCCUCCCCAAGAUACUGUAAGCUUCCAUCAACGCCCUCACAGCGCUUCAGAGAAAGACUCUGCAUACAGCGAAGGCGAGUUAACCCCAACCCGAGGAAAGGUUAUACCACCUAAGAUGCGACGAACGGGCAGUGGGUAUGGUAUGGACCAUCCUGAGAUGUCAAACGUAUUGCAUCGUCAACCAUUGUCACAUAUGACGCAUCGGUACGGGAGAAGCGGGGAAAACAGAAAUGCAUACGGAUACCCACGAGAGCUUGCCACCAGUUCGUUUGUAAACCAGGGAUUCCAACCUAAUGUGUCAAGAUUUGAGACUGACGAUCUUCACCGAUCAAGGGGCGGCAAAAAGUCGAUGCCAGAUUGGCUGAGGGCCGCACUUGGUGAAGAGGUUGGGCAAGAUAACAUGGAAGAUGAGGAGAGCCAAGACUUUGGUCCUCCACACAUGACGAGGAACGCAACGAUGCCCUCGAUUAAACAGAAAGAGUUUCCUCUUCUUAAUACAUCAGAUGAGGAGUCGAUAUGUUAUCCCUCUAUUUCACAAAACGGUGGAUUAAUCAGUAGAGAGGCAUUUAGAUCAAGGCAACAUCAGACUCUUCCACAUGGUAAGAGGAGAAGAAGAAGAAGCACGGGUACAGGGAUCAAGUCCCACCAUUCCCACCACCAUGGACACCAUCAACACCAAAGACAUCACCGUCAUGGGAGCAAAAGGUCAAGCCACCAUCACGGGAGAAGACGUCAUCAUGAACAUCAUCACCAUCAUAGAGGGAGGCACCCACCCAAUGGAGCACAUGAGGAUUACUUGCGUAAAGUAAUGGGAAAUGAUGAGCUUGUUAUGAGAGGAGGACAUGACCCUCAUGAUCUCAGAAGAGAUGACAAGCUCCCUGGGUUCCAGCCACACCAAGGGAAGCCUAUUGAGACAGGUAAGAGGAGAGUUAUCCCAGAGCAACCAAUAUCAAUCCAGUUCCCAGAGCAUUCAAGGUGGGAGGAUGAAGGGAUGAUGGAAAAGUAUUUCUCUGGACAUCAAAGGGAUUAAUUUGUAACAACUGAACUGAACUGAACUGAACUAGAUGUAUGGACAAGAAUUAUCUCUUGGAUAAAAAGGCAUUUAAAGAUUAAACCAACAUGAUUCUGGUCUUCUGGAUAUGUCUAAAUCCGGAUUAGCAUUCAAAUGUUGGAUAAACAUCAAAGGAAUGAAACUCAUCAACAUGUUUAAUCUAAUCAUGGAAAUAAAACUUGAGUAAGUGAAAAAGUGUUUCAAACAUUGGAAAUACAUUAAAUGAAUAUUCUUCUGCUUCAGCAUUUGUAAAUAUAAGGUGCACAUUUAACUUCAGGAAGAUUGGUGCUGCACCCAUGGAUCGUCUGCACUUUAUUUAGCCAAAUUGCACCUAUAGAUCAUUUGACUUCAUAAAGCUUAUGAUUGUAGCUUGGUUAAAGUUACUUCACACGCAUGGCGCUUUUGAAUUAGAAAACUAAUUCUCUAUGCAGUAUAUUUAAUAUAUAUAUAUAUAUAGAUUGCAGUUGUUUAGAAUAAUUGUGGUUUAUAAAUAUAUUUAUUUAAAGUUUUCUUAAAAAUUUAUAGCAUUUAUUAAACACAAGAACGCAGCCUAUAUAUAUGGCACUUCAUUUUCAAACGUUUGGUUAUAAAACUAAAACCAUCUAAGUGGUAUGUUAUAUACAUGUAGACUGUUAUGUUUGUAAUGAAACUGAACCACCCAUGUUUUAUGCACCUUAAUGUUGGGCAAGGCUCCGACAUAACUUUGGUGUAGCUAGCUACAUGGCGCAUAUUUGUGUAAUUGGUUAUUAAGUAUUUUGUGCCUGUUUAUCUUUGAAUUAUGAUUCUGUAUGAAAUUUAGCUUUUUUAGCUACUUGGUAGUAGACGCUUUGAUUCUUUUCUUAUCGCACAAAUAUAUUUGAAGUAAAAAUACCGCA